GUCACCAGCGGUGGCGCCGCGUACGCCAUGGGCGAUGGGAGCAAGGGGCAGCUUGGUAACGGGGAGUGCAGCUCCUCUACUACUCCUCAGAAGAUGAUCCUGCCGGACAAGGAGAAGGCCAAGUCGGUCGCCGUGGGCAAGAACCACUCAGUCGUCCUGACGCAGGACGGCAACGUGUACGCCUGUGGAGCGAACAACCUGAUGCAGGUG